CAGGUUAUUAAACAAAGGGAGGAGCUGCAGACAGGUGAGGACAUUGAAGUGAAAAUAUGUAGUCAGACGGCCUGACUCCAUUUUACACUUCAACGGAGCAGGAGGAAGAAAACAGGUGUUACUGGUUGAUCUCUCAGACUGGAGAAGAUGAGUGAGGAAGAGGACAAGUCUUCAGUCUCCAGCUGUCUGUCUCUGAAGAGUGACUGGUCUAAAGAGACCCCUCCAUACUUCAGUAAUGAACCUGGACCCUCAGACCCAAAAGGGAAGAGGAAGAGUGGUGUUCCUGUGGAGGAGCAGCUGUACAGCUGUGCUCUGUGUCAGGAUGUCCUGAAGGAUCCAGUCUCUACCAGCUGUGGGCACUGGUUCUGCAGACAGUGCAUCACCUCAUACUGGGAGCAGCACCCUCCAUCAGGAGACUCCUCCUGUCCUCAGUGUGGAGAAAGACCCAGAACCAGAGCUGGACUGCAGACGGCCAGUCAGACCAGUUCUGUACAAACAGAACGUGGUCUGCAGGAGGUUCUAUAUGAACAUAGGCUCAGUCUGAGGAGGAAAUGUGAACGUGUGACUGAAGGAACUGAUCAAAGUGAAACCCUCCUCAACAGCAUCUUCACUGAGCUCUACAUCACACAAGGCCUCAGUGAAGAGGUUAAUACUCAGCAUGAGGUGAGGCAGCUGGAGACAGCUUCCAAGAAGAAGCCCCUCCAUGACACUCCAAUCAAGUGCCAGGACAUCUUUAAAGCCUCACCUGACCAGCAGACUCCCAUCAGAGCGGUCCUGACCAACGGAGUCGCUGGAGUUGGAAAAACCUUCUCAGUGCAGAAGUUCACUCUGGACUGGGCCGAGGGUUUGGGAAACCAAGAUGUCAGUCUGGUGAUCCCGCUCUCCUUCAGGGAGCUGAACCUGAUCAAAGGAGAGCAGUACAGUCUUCUCAGGCUGCUCCAUGUUUUCCAUCCAACCUUACAGAAGGUCACAGCAGAGCAGCUGGCUGUCUACAAAGUGCUGCUCAUCUUUGACGGCCUGGAUGAAAGCAGACUUUCUCUGGACUUCAGAAACAAUGAGGUUGUGUCUGAUGUCUCUCAGCAGUCCUCAGUCAACGUGCUGCUGACAAACCUCAUCAGGGGGAAGCUGCUUCCCUCGGCUCUCGUCUGGAUAACUUCCAGACCUGCAGCGGCCAAUCAGAUCCCUCCUGAAUGUGUGGACAGGGUAACAGAAGUACGAGGCUUCACUGACGCCCAGAAAGAGGAGUACUUCAGGAGGAGAUCGAGUGAUGAAGACCUGUCCAGCAGAAUCAUCUCUCACAUCAAGAGCUCCAGGAGCCUCCACAUCAUGUGUCUGAUCCCAGUCUUCUGCUGGAUCACUGCUGCAGUUCUGGACCACAUGUUGACUACAGACCAGAGAGGAGAGCUGCCCCAGACCCUCACUGACAUGUACGCACACUUCCUGCUGGUCCAGACCAAGAGGAAGAAGCAGAAGUAUGAAGCGGGACAUGAGACGAGUCCACAUUGGCUGACGAAGCCUGACAGGGAGCUUCUUCUGAAGCUGGGGAGGCUGGCGUUUGAACAUCUGGAGAAAGGAGACAUCAUGUUCUACCAAGAAGACCUGCAGCGCUGUGGUCUUGGUGUCACCGAGGCCUUGGUGCACUCAGGAGUUUGUACAGAGAUCUUCAAAAGAGAGAGUGUGAUCUUCCAGAAAACAGUCUACUGCUUUGUUCAUCUGAGCGUUCAGGAGUUUCUGGCUGCAGUCUACAUGUUGCACUGUUACACCAACAGAGACACAGCGGUACUGAAAGACUUCCUGCAGAGAGACUUGGACGAAGACAACAGUGAUAGCAGUGAUAGCAGUGAUCAGGAGUACUCAUCCCUGGAUGUCUUCCUAAAGAGCACCAUGGAGAAAUCCCUCAGAAGUAAAAAUGGCCACCUGGACCUGUUUGUCCGCUUUCUCCACGGCCUCUCUCUGGAGUCCAACCGGAGACUCUUAGGAGGCCUGCUGGGUUGCACAGACAACCAUCCAGAAACCAUCCAGAGAGCCAUCAGCAACCUGAAGGAGAUGAACAGUUAUGAAAUCUCUCCUGACAGGAGCAUCAACAUCUUCCACUGUCUGACAGAGAUGAAGGACCUCUCAGUACAUCAGGAGAUCACAGAGUUCCUGCAGUCAGAGAACAGAUCAGAGAGACUCUCUGAGAUCCACUGCUCUGCUCUGGCCUACAUGCUGCAGAUGUCAGAGGAGGUUCUGGAUGAGUUGGACCUGGAGAAGUACAACACAUCAGAGGAGGGGAAACAGAGACUGAUUCCAGCUGUGAGGAACUGCAGGAAGGCACAACUUGUUAACUGUGGACUCUCAGAGUCUCAAUGUGAAGUCGUGGCCUCAGCUCUGAGGUCGGACCCCUCCCAUCUGAGAGAUCUGGACCUGAGUGAGAACGAUCUGAAGGAUUCAGAAGUGAAGCUGCUGAGUUCUGGACUAACGAGUCCAAACUGCAGACUGGAGACUCUCAGACUGAGUGGCUGCUGGUUGUCAGAGAUCAGCUGUUCUGGUCUGAUCUCAGCUCUGAAGUCCAACCCCUCCCAUCUGAGACAUCUGGACCUGAGUCACAACGCUCUGCAGGAUUCAGGAGUGAAGCUGCUGAGAGAUCUUCUGGAGAGUCCAGACUGCAGACUGGAGACUCUCAGACUGAGUGGCUGCUGGUUGUCAGAGAUCAGCUGUUCUGGUCUGAUCUCAGCUCUGAAGUCCAACCCCUCCCAUCUGAGACAUCUGGACCUGAGUCUCAACGCUCUGAAGGAUUCAGGAGUGAAGCUGCUGAGAGAUCUUCUGGAGAGUCCAGACUGCAGACUGGAGACUCUCAGACUGGAGCACUGCAUGUUGUCAGAGAUCAGCUGUUCUGCUCUGGCCUCAGCUCUGAAGUCCAACCCCUCCCAUCUUAGAGUUCUGGACCUGAGUCACAACGAUCUUCAGGAUUCAGGAGUGAAGCUGCUGACUGAUCUUCUGGAGAGUCCAGACUUCAGACUAGAGACUCUCAGGUCCACGAGGAUAAACGUCCCAAAGACAUGUUGCAUUUUGCAGUGAAAAUCUGAUCUGAGCAUAUUCCAAAACGGCAAAGAAAACAAGACCAGGGGCCUGUUCUACGAAGCUGGUUCAACCUAACCUGGAUAUGUUUGAGUUAGCCGGUUGGCCUAAUCCAAAACAUACGCGCUCUCGCUAAACUGUACUACGACGCGGGUUAUCAAG